AUGGAGGAUCUUCUGCUGCAGAUCGUCAGGGAGGCUUUCAAUGGGAAAUUACCGAACCUACGAAAGUCGGCGCAGGAUGCGCACGAUUUCCUGGACAAGCAGCAAGGCCUGCUCAGAGACCCGCCACAUGAGUUGCGGGCAAAAUGCCUGCACACGUUCCAGCUGGCCCUGGAAACCAGGAGGAGUAAAUUCGUCGCCUUCGGACUGGCCGGAUUGCACAAAAUGUUGAGGGACGACAGGUUCCAAUCCCCAUACGAGCCGGAAGACGAUUCCUUAUGGAUGCCUGCACAAAUGCUACAUGCCAUGGGCUCCAUGCUGACUCAGUCGGAUGACACCCAGACGGAUAUGUUGAAAGUACUUCUGCAAGUCGCCUGCUCCUCGUAUUGGACAAUGAACGGUCGCCUUAUCAUAGCGAUCAUAACGACGUGUUGCGAAGCCUUCGAAAAUGGGAAUCAGGCAGUCAGAACUGCAGCCCAGGCAGCUACUAGUCAGACCCUCCGGUCAUUUUGCCUGUUUUUAGAUGAGGAGUGCCAAGAGAUGGACGAACAUGCGAAAAGAAACAAAGAUGUCCGCGAAAGAGGAGUGUCGUGCUUCAACGAGGCGAUACCGAUACUUCAGUAUAUCUGCAGUCGAUUAGACGAGGCGCAGACGAAUGGGCGCAACGGCAGUAUCGUGGUCUUUCUUCUGGAAUGUCUUCACACUCUGAUCUCUUCAUUACCGCAGAAGAUCCACACGAACGCUCACUUCACCACGUUCCUAUGGCAGAAGUUCUGCCCAGCUUUGAUCGCAUUUUUGGGCACGCCUAGAGUCGAUAAGACAUUCACAUCCAGGGAGGGGAAGGAAGCGGAAGUUGGCAGGGGCUCCGGAUACCUUGCCACAUCCUUGAGCUUCGAUAGUCAUCAGGCUAAAACCGUAUAUAGCAUCGGGACCGAGCUUGUUCGCUUAGUGGGAUGCGUAGGAUCUCUGAGACCUGUCUUGGAGUCAGUCUUUCACAGGAUGUUGCUUUACCCGCCACCUCAACAACGAUUGGAGUCGUUGAAAGCCCUGAGGGAGUUGCUGAGGAGUCCUAGUAGGAUGGUCGAUUUUGCUGGACCUCUUCUAGUCGAGGACGAGAAGUCGAGUCAGCUGCAGAGCGACAUGGCUUUGAUGCGAUUAGCAAUGGAUUCCAUCGAGGAGUCCACAUCGGUAGGGACUUCCGUUCUGUAUGCAAGUGUCUCUUGCGUGGUGGCUAUGUUGUCAGCUCUGCAGGAACUAUGCGAAGGGAAGGCCAUAAGUCACAAUUACACCUGCACUAUUAACAGUCUUUACGAGGACCUGGAGUCUUGCGACUACAGGGGACCAUUGACCUACCAAAGUAUGGCCAGGUUGCCGAAGACCUACAGGGAACAGUUGGAGUUGAUGAAGAGAAGCAACGGCUCCGACUCCGACUCUUCUGGACACGGUCCUUCGGAGAACGGAUAUUCUACGGACACGGAAGGUCCUCAGAACGAAUCUGCCGAUGAUGUCAGCAUCGAUGAAACUGAUUACGCUUUGGAGAACGAGAAGGAAAGACUCAGGCUGGAGAAAUUACCGAAAUGUCUGCACGUAGGCAGACAGGUUGCCGAGGAGUGCAACGUCGACGUAGAGAAGUACAAUGCCAGAGUUUUCGUGAAAAUCCUCAAAUCCAGACUGAUCCCUACAGUUCUGAACCUGAGGACCAACAUAGAAGUCGACGAGGUCCUCCAGAACUUCGCCUCGAAUUAUUGCGAUGGGAUGUUCACGGAACAACAGGCUAUGAAGGAAGCGAACAGCGGCGUUAAUAGCGAUUCCGCGCUCGUCACUAUCAUGAAUGCCGAUGGGAUUUAUCUGGCAACUUACGCAGCUCUUCUGCUGAACUUAAAGUUGAUUAAGAGAGGUUACUACACCGACGAGAGCCACCAAGUACCGAUCAGCGAGGAACAAUUCGUAGAAGAGGUCCAUGGUUCUGGAGUCCUGGUCUAUCUUUCGGCAACUUGGCUAUCCGAAUUGUAUCAGCAAGUGUUGGCCAGCAACCUUCUGGAGAAAUGCGGAUAUGACCCUAAUUCGACGGAGAACAGUGCUCUGGUGAACGUGCUUACAGAUGUGGAUGGUAUCGUUGGAAGCCAAAGAGGUGGUCAGCUCUUGUCCGAUUACCGAAGACUGGAACGAGCCCAGUUGUCCAGGAACGAGCCAACUCCAGAAGCCGAGGCUGGAGCUAAAUUGUCCAGGAGGGUUUUAACUUGUUGUUGGGCGAGCAUGAUGACCGUCUUGGCAUCGGGACUUAGCCCUUGCAAGGAUGAAAAUACAACCAAAGGGAUACUGAACAAAGAAGGUGGACGUAGAGGCGUUAAGGACACCGUCGUCCUAGCUCUCGAGGGACUCCACAAAGCUGCGACUCUGAGCAACGUUUUGGGUCUUCAGAGUCGGUGCGGCUCCAUUUUCGGGCUUCUAGCCAAGGCUUCGUGCACCGAGCAGUCCAUUUCAAAGCUGAGACGAACGAAGGAUGUCCUUCGAUUGAAACUGCAAAAUAGAGCAACUAAUAUUCAUACUUCUCAUGCACUUAGUAUGGAGAUUCUUUUGGCCCGCGGUCUAGAGCUUGGUAGUCAUGGAAGUGAUUGCUGGCCCCAUGUCUUCACGUGCUGUCUUUACGUCAGUAAAUUGGAGCACGACUUUUUCGGGAGGAACCAGAACCUCGCCCUUCCUAAACCCAGUCAAAAGAAGGAGAAGAAAGAGACCACCAGCAACGAUUCAAAGACGAACUUGGAGAGACUUAAGAUGAGCUUCAGUCUAGCUGACGAGGAAGAGACUUGCGUCGAUGUCUACAGCUUCCUCUCGACUCCGUACAAUCAGAGUCUAGCCUGCGACUCCAUUCCCGAGGUCAUUCAGGAAUCCAACGCCGAUAACCAGUUCAAUGGGAUCCUUCCCACAGAAUAUGCAGCGAAGAUUGUCUGCGUAUUGUCUCAACAAGUGGAUAGACUCUUCGAGGACGCAGCUUUGAAGCUGAACCUCAGGGCUCUGUGCUCCUUCUUGACUGCUCUCUGUAGGUCCAGCAAAGCUCAGCUCUUCAAGAGCAACGAUGGCUUCAAAGACAACAGAAAGUUCUGGUGGAAGAGAAACAAGCCCAGGGAGGACGACCUUAAUGUUUUACUCUUAACACGACUUGGAGAGGUCAUGCUGAAGUGCGUUAAAAGUGGACGGCCGUUGAUACACAUCAUGAGGGUCUGGAGUAUACUCGGGCCGCAUUUCAUGGAAGCGGCUUGUCACAAGGAUAGGAGGAUCUCUAAGAAAGCGGUGCAGUGUAUUCACGACUCCGUUGCUGCUCUCUUGAACGAGCAGGUGGAGUUGUCACAGUUCCACUUCAACGAGGCGCUCUUCAAGCCUUUCGAGAACUUGCUGUGCCUAGAGCUCUGCGACAGCGACGUGCAGGACCAAAUCGUAAACUGCAUAUGCGAGUUUGUAGAGACCAACCGAGCCGAGAUCAGAUCCGGGUGGCGCCCUCUCUUCGGCGCUCUACGAGUCGCUUCCGUCGGUAAUGCAGACUCGGUGGAGUCGGCGCCACUGUUGGAGGUGUUCCGAGUGUUCCUUUCAACCGAUAACACCCAGGUAUUCGCCAAUGCAGCGCUCGACUUUAUCCUCUGCUUGCUGAGGCACGUAAGAGGCACAGGCGAGCCGGAAGAUCAAGAAGAUCAGGUCCUAGACCCAAGUGGUGCUCCCAACAGCUGGAGAAGUCGGCUUUGCCUGGAGAGUCUGAAGUACCUCCUCAGCUGCGGGGACAUGUUAGCCUCCAUGUACAGAAUGGCAACAUGUCCCAUCUUUAACUCGGCCCAGCGAAUCCAGGUGUCGAACAUCCCCCAAUAUGUGGAUCCGAUCAUUCCCAACUUGGAGUUGACCAAGUUCGACCGGACCCCUGAAGCCCACCAGGAGACGCUCCCAGAAGUCUCCUACGAGGGUCUGGAGACUCUGGAUGAGUCUCAGACCACGACUUUGCAGAACAUGGACGACUCGAGCGGCAUCCUCCGAGUCUGGUACCUCCUUAUAGAGGGUCUGGCCAGUGCGACGAUGAUUUGCCCCCGCAGAUACCAGUCCCAUGCCCUGGAGACCCUGUUCCAUUUACUCAGGGAUGCGAUCAACCUUCCCGGUCCCGAAUUCGGACUCUACUGCGUGAACCACUUGCUGCUGCCGAUGGUGCAGAACUGGCUGAGGAAGACCUCCAAGAUCACCGGGGGCUGGGACAACUUUGCCCCUAACUUCAAGCAGUGCUGCGGACUCACCACGGACCUGCUGGUGGACUACAUGACCCAUAUGCAAGGUCCUGAAGUUACCAGGAACGAGAAGCUCUUCCCAGCUACGACUUUGAUGUUGAAGCAGCAUCUACUAGUCAUGUCCGAGUGCGUCGUCCAGUCAAACGAGAGCAUCGCCCGCCUGGGAUGCGCGUGUAUCAGACACGUGCUGGUCAGCACCAGCUCUAUGCUGACCAUGGAACAGUGGGAAGUCUGUGGCGUGGCCUGCUACCGAGCCUGCUCAAACUCGCUGCACCAGCUCCACCAACUGACCAACGCCUUCUACGUUAAAUCCGACUCCUUCUGCGGUGAUGCGGCCCAGGUCAAGGUAGCAGCGAGGAGAGACGCCACCCCAGAAGAGGCGGAACGAUUGAGGCAGCUGGUCGCCCAGGUCUUCCUUCUGGAGGAUCAGCGUUCCCAGGAAACUCCUCGCACGUCCGACGGGAAUUCUUACGUCUUCCUCCUGUAUCCUCCCUGCGUGGCGUCGACCUUGAAUCCCGAUCUCUACAUCGUCAGGGUGCACUUCAAGGCCUUAGUUAUAGGACUUUUGGCUCAUCAGUUGCUCCUCCACUGCAUAGCCGGCGUGUUGCUGCAAUGUGCCGGCCCUCUGAUCCCAGGGCUACCACACGGAGGUUUGCACCCGAGGUCCGCGGGGAAGAAAACGGACCCAGAGCCCCUGCCAUUCGGCAGGACGAAGGUUUUGGAUGUCUUCUUGGCAGCACUGAACCAUUCCUACACUUCGGCGAAGACAUUCGACACGAGACCAGGUCUGAAGCUGCUGGUUCAGACUGUGGCCAGCUUGGAUCAGGGAGCGAACCUCUAUCGUCAGGCAUCGGCAGCCUGGACCACGAAGAUGAUGACCCUGCUGAAGUACUGUUCUUCAAACUGCGCGUCCUUGGACGUGAACAUGCUCCUGGACCUGAUAGAGAGCAAGAAUGGACAACUGGAGCAGGACGCUUCGGAGGAGCUGAGGAUCGCAGCGAAGUACUUGAGGGACCUGAAGAAGACCUUCGAGGACUUCUGUUGCGACUACGUGGAGGUUCUCAGAUCGGGCGAGUUCGACGAUUUGGGGGGAGUAGACUUGGAUUGCGAGGAAAGAACCUACGACCCUAAUCUGGACGAGGAGAGUGUGUUGGAAGGCUUGGUGCCGGAAGAGGCAGACUCCAGGAAGUUCAGACUUUCCGAUCUUACAGCUCAGUACUCCACGGAUUCCGACCCAGAGUCGGAGCCAGAGUCUGACGACGACGAUUCCAGACCAUCUUCCAGGUUGGAGUCCAUCGGGGAACGAGUGGCGUAUCCUGAGAGGUCGGUGGGGACCUCCAGCGAAGGACUCGUGGACACGGAAGAGAGACCUUACAGUCGCAGCUCCUUCAGCACUUACAGGUCCACCAACGAUGCACUGGACGAAGACCGAGGAACAAGUUCCCCAUGUAGGAUUCGCUCUCCAGGGUCCAGGAAGGAGCCGGUCCUGUUAUCCAGAAGGAACUCCCUGAAGUUUGUCUCUUCCAGGGAAUUGAAUGAACUGAAGGAUUCAAAGACCAGCGACGAGGACAGAGCGAAGAGCUCCUGCGGUAUCUUGGGGAAACCAGCGAAGGUGUCGCAGUGCCAGAUCCUGGAAGCUGGGCAUCCAGGGUCUCGAUUAGGGAAUGGUUCAGGGGAAUCUCGUUUGGAUUGCCACCAAAAUGCGGAGAAAUCGAUCGUUUAUCAUCGUAUCUCCGGGGAUGACGACGACGGGGAUGAUGCUGGUGGGAGGCUGCAAGAGCAGGAGAUCUUGAGAAGGGGGUUGGAGAGCAGAGCUUGGGUCGACGAAGCCGAAGGAUUCGUUGAUGGAGAGUCUCAGGAUGUGGCUAUUUCGCAGGAUAAUCAUCAGACGAUGAAAAUGGAGGCCCAGCAAUCCGGCGUGGAACACACUCGGAGGAGCCAGGGCAAGAUCUGGCUAGACGAGCUCAACGAGAUCGUCGGGGACCAGGAGUUUAUCAAGCCGCGUGUUCAUGGCACUCCUGCUAAUCCAGUAAUAACCGUGCCAACGGAGUACGAGGUUCAAAGGAUCGAAGGGAUCAGGAAGGACUUCGAGGCCAAACGCCAGGCGUUCGCCGAGGCCCUCAUAGCGUCCAUCGAUUGGGCCUUGAAGUUGCCGGUGCCAAUCAGAUCUCGGGUCUACCCUGUCUUGCUAAGUGGUCUUUUCGUCCUUGUCGACAACGCCGUGGACUAUGAGGUCGGUCAGAAAGUGGAGACGCUGAUACGGCAGAUUCUUAACACCUGCGACUGGGUGAAGAUCAACUCUCGCGAGAGGGUGGUCGUCGGUGAAUCAACGGGUCGGAACACCUGAAAAUCCCGCAACUGGGCUUUCCCCGUUUCUGAAAACGCACAUGGGAAAGCGAUAAAGAUGCACAACAGUCCUCGCGAUGGCGCUGCUAUCUGGCGGAGGGAGUUUGAAGCUGGCCGGUGUCAAGGCGUAAAGUGGAACUCGGCGGCAGAGGAGGCACGGCACGGCCGAACUGUCGACAGCUCAAUGAUACGAGAGAGACUGAUAUAGAUCAAUUUUAAGGUUAUAAGCUUCGUUUAACCGUUUUGCGGUCUUCGGGUACUUUCUGUACUCCAGUCGUGUUUACUGUAUUCCUCCGAGUACGUCGCUGUUGCUUGUCGUGUAAGUCGCGGAUGCGCUCGUGUAACUUCGUCUCGCAUAAGUGAUUGUCUACCGCAGAUGAUGUAUCUUGUGAUCUCGGCGAUGAGUCGUACGAUAAAGAUGGAAGAGGUUCGA